CAAAGCAAAGCAAAGCAAGAGCGGUUAGGGAAAUACAAAAGAAAAAAGCAAAGUAAAGCAAAAUAAAAAAAAAAAAAAAAGAAACGAGAAAGCCAUAAGUGAAGUGAAUUGAAAGCUAUGGGUCAGGCUUUAUAAAAGGAGGCAUCACUUCCUCUCUUUGGGGUCCGGCAUGAUCCGCAAUUGGAUCAAGCCAUAAUGGGUCACCUUGUCGGUGGGUGGUCCGCCGUCGCCACGGCUCUAUGUGCUCUGCUUCUCUUCUUGUCACUGCCUCCGUCGGCGUCCGAAAAAGUAACAGUGUCAGUUUAUUACGAAGCUCUGUGCCCAUUCUGUGCCAACUUCGUGGUUUAUCAUUUGGUGAAGCUUUUUCAAAAUGGAUUAAUCUCCGCCGUCAAUCUCCGGAUGAUCCCUUGGGGCAACGCCUGGAUCCAGCCCGACGGCUCCUUCUUUUGCCAACAUGGACCAGAUGAAUGCAUGUUGAAUACCAUUGAAGCUUGCACCAUUUCAGUUUACCCUGAUACAGAAGAACAUUUCAGAUUCAUCCAUUGUGUUGAGGGAUUGACAGUGCAAAACAGACACAAUGAAUGGACAAAGUGUUUUGAUAUUGCACAGUUGAGUGCCAUACCAAUAGAUUGCUACAGAAAUGGGCAUGGAAAAAUGCUUGAACAAUACUAUGCUUCUGAAACUACUCGCCUCAAUCCGCCUCACCGAUUUGUUCCAUGGGUCAUUGUCGAUAAUCACCCUCUCCAGGAGGACUACCAAAACUUCAUGGCCUACAUUUGCAAAGCGUAUAAAGGCAGUGCUGUACCAGAAGCUUGCAAGUCUAUAAACCUCAAAAACCGCCAAUACCUGGAUAAUGCCAGCGGAGGAAGUCAAGUCUGUUAUGCAACUACAACGAGAAACUCAACAUUAUAAACACAGGGAGAGAUCUCAAGAUCAAACCAGCCAGAAAAUUAGAUACUGCAGUCAAUGGAGAAGUUUGUCAUUUGAAAUAACAAUACUAGAAGAUAAUUAUAGAAUAUAACUAUUUCAGUUUCAGAAUUAUGAUAACUAUUUAAGUUCAUGUGCUGAUUGUCCUUUGCUCAGACAGUAGAUAAUUCUACAAUUGUCAAUAUCUCUCCGUCAACCAAAAAAAGAUUGAGGGGAAGAGUAAAACCUGAUAUUAUGAACUCUAUUUUAUGAAGCUUAUGGUGCUUGAAUCCAAUAUCAUCUGUGAAAGAUGGUGGCUAGCUCUU